AUGGCCGACAACCCAGAGCAGAAGCCCGCUCCCGCUGCUGAGGGCGGUGCUGAGGGCGAGGCUGGCCCCUCCAAAAAGGCACUCAAGAAGGCAGAGGCAAAGGCCAAGAAGGAGGCAGAGAAGGCGAAGCGCGCUGCUGAGCUCGAGGCCCAGCGUGCUGCUGCCGCUUCCAAGGAGGCUGCCGAUGACAAGGCCAAGGACAACUACGGCGACCGCGACGUGGUGAAGCUUGGCGGCGACAAGGUGCCCCUAAAGGACUACGCUGACGAGCACCUCGGCAAGACGGUCAAGCUGCGCGCCUGGAUCCAGCAGAGCCGCAUGCAAGGCGCCAAGAUGUGCUUUGUCGAGCUGCGCGAGGCUGAGGACUGGAGUAUCCAGGGCAUCGUCACCGCCUCGGCCGAGGGCACACCCGUGUCCAAGCAGAUGGCAAAGUGGGUCGGCUCUGUGAGCCUGGAGAGCUACGUCGCCGUCGAGGCCACCGUCGCGAAGCCUCUGGAGCCCGUCAAGAGCUGCAAGGUCUCCAACUACGAGCUCCACAUCACCAAGAUCUACUGCAUUGCCCGCGGCCCCGAGGUUCUGGGCCUGACGCUCGCCGCCUCCAACGCCGCCAUCAGCAGCUUCGACGUCGACGGCAAGAUGCAGGAGCUGAGCAUCGGCGAUUCUGCGCCCGGCCUGUCCGCCACCCUCGAGACACACUUGGACAACAUUGUCAUGCACAAGAGAUCCCCGCUGCAGCAGGCCAUCCAGACUGUCCGCGAGAACGUGCGCGACCUCUUUGUCGAGUAUCUCAAGAAGAACGGUUUCCACUCAUUCGAGCCGCCAUGCCUGAUCGGCGCAGCCUCCGAGGGUGGUGCCAACGUCUUCGGCCUGCCGUACUUUGGCAAGAGCGCCUUCCUGGCCCAGUCCCCACAGUUCUACAAGCAGUUGGAGAUUGCUGGCGGAAGGAAGAGGGUGUACUGCGUUGGGCCUGUCUUCCGAGCCGAGAACUCAAACACCCCAAGGCACAUGACCGAGUUUACCGGUCUCGAUAUGGAAAUGGAGAUCGAGGAAGACUACCGUGAGGUCAUCUUUAUGCUCGAGGGUCUCUUCCUCUACAUCUUCCGCAACCUUGAGGAGCGCUGCAAGGAUCAAAUCGCAGUCGUACGCUCUAUCUAUCCUUCAGAGCCCUUCGCUCUGCCUGCAGACGGCAAGGAAGUCCGCCUCACCUUCGCCGAGGGCCAGCAACUCCUGCGGGAAGAGGGCCCCGAGAUCUACCGCAACGUCACCGACGAUGAGGACAUGUCUACAGCACAGGAGAAGGCACUCGGAGCCAUCAUCCGCAAAAAGUACGGCACCGACUUCUACGUUCUGGACAAGUUCCCCGAAUCGGCCCGCCCGUUCUACGCCAAGGAGGACCCUGAGAACAACAAGGUUACGAACGCGUACGAUUUUUUCGCGCGCGGCCAGGAGAUCAUGUCAGGUGGCCAGCGUAUCAACACUCCAGCCGAGCUAGAGAAGCGGAUGCGCACCAAGGGCGUCGACCCGAACAGCCCUGGCUUGAAGGAGUAUGUCGACUUUUUCAGGCAAGCCGGGUGCCCGCCCCACGGUGGUGGCGGCAUCGGGCUGGACCGUGUUGUGGCCUUCUUCCUGAACCUGCCCAACGUGCAGCUGGCCGCAUACUACCCGCGUACGCCUAGCCGGUUGACCCCGUAA